UCGCGACUCCGCCGCACAUCGUCGAUAGUAUCGCCAGGUCGCCAUUCGUGAGUCUUUUCUCUUUGGCUCAUUGACUUCUCGGUACAUAAGCAAAUAUGAGUCGCGUUAGGACGAAGACGGUCAAAAAGGCCGCGAAGCUCAUCAUCGAAAAGUACUACCCACGCCUCACGCUGGAUUUUCACACAAACAAAAGGAUAUGUGAGGAAAUCGCCAUCAUCCCCAGCAAAUCCUUGCGCAACAAGAUUGCCGGAUUCAUUACUCACCUGAUGAAGAGACUCAGGCACAGCCAGGUCCGUGGAAUCUCCAUCAAGCUGCAGGAGGAAGAGAGGGAACGCAGAGACAACUAUGUUCCCGAGGUCUCCGCGCUGGAGCAUGAUAUAAUCGAGGUCGAUCCCGAGACUAAGGAAAUGUUGAAGAUGCUGGAGUUCACCAACAUCACGGGACUCCAACUGACACAACCUGUCCCGCAGUUUAGCAGACGUUCAUAAAAAUUAAAAAAUACAAAAUAAUGGUCUCGGACUUUUUCAAUAAACUUAUGGACCACCCAUA